AUGUCUGCAGGCGAACCUCCUACCGAUUUAGCCGUCCUCUUGGAUGUGCAAUUGCUUUCAGAACGUGGGACGUUGCCCACUCACGGGUCUACAUUCGCUGCAGGCCUCGAUCUGUACAGUGCUGAAAGCAAAGUAGUACCCGCUCGUGGUAAAGCUCUCGUUGAUAUUCAGAUCGCCAUCGCCGUCCCCAACGGGCAUUAUGCCCGCAUCGCUCCGCGAAGUGGAUUAGCUUCCAAGCACAGCAUACAGACCGGGGCGGGUGUCAUCGAUGCAGAUUAUCGUGGACCAGUCAUGGUUCUGCUGUUCAAUCACGCGGAUAUCGAUUUCGAAGGAAAUCCAGUGAAGCAAAAAGACCGCAUAGCACAAUUGAUACUGGAGAGGAUCUCCAUCCCACGUUUGCGUCAGGUCGAAUCCUUGGAUGCGACCGUCCGAGGAGCAGGAGGCUUCGGAUCAACGGGAGGUUUCGGAAGCUCAGCUAAAAGGAAAAAGACAGACGAAGAAACAAUCUAA